AUGAAGAGAGCUUUCUUCAUUUUAUUAAUCGUUGCUUCCAUCUCAGCAACUUUUGGCGAAUCCAAUGGUGUUGAAAAGCAAGUUUGUGAACCUAAGAGUACUUUUAAAAACUACUGCAACAUAUGCUUUUGCUCCGACGAUGGUCUUACCGCUGACUGCGGCAGGAAGUUAUGCGAUCCUAACGUAUGGAAUCCCGAUGGAACUCGCAGACCAUUAGCUCCUUUAUCGCUUUACAAGUCACUUAAACAAGUCUGUAAACCUAGCAGUCCCUUCAAAAUGGACUGCAACUACUGCACCUGCUCCGAUGACGGUACAAAAUUUGCCUGCACUAGAAUGGCAUGCCCCAAGGGAUAUACCGGUGUAAAUCUCUUUAAGAAAUCGGCAGUUCAUAAAAUAGUCGCGGAACUUGCCCGAAUCUGCGAGCCUAACACAUUUUUCAAAAUGGACUGCAAUAACUGCAUUUGUGACGAAACAGGAUUCCGACCUAUGUGCACAAAAAUGUAUUGUCCCAAAGGUUUUACUGGUGCAAAAUCGGCAGUUCAUAAAAGAGUCGCGGGAUCUGCCCAAGUCUGCGAGCCUAACCAAGGUUUCAAACUGGACUGUAAUCACUGCAGGUGUAACAGCUUUGGAACCAAAUACAUGUGCACAAAAAUGCUUUGUCCAAGAUAUAACGGGAACGAGGACCACGCAAUGAUUUUUUAA